AGCAUGUGCCUGUUUGCUUGGUGCUGCUCUCCUGAUAAAUCACAACAAAGCUUCGAGAGGGAGAGGAAGCAUGGACGGCACCACCACCCCUAGAACUAAAUCUGCAGCUGCCAACUUAGUUAAGAAAAAUUUCCUUGAGGCUUUAAAGUCAAAUGACUUCGGAAAAUUGAAGGCUAUUUUAAUCCAAAGGCAAAUAGAUGUGGACACAGUGUUUGAAGUUGAAGAUGAGAAUAUGAUUUUGGCUUCUUAUAAACAAGGUUAUUGGUUGCCUAGUUAUAAAUUGAAGUCUUCCUGGGCCACGGGCCUGCAUCUUUCUGUCUUGUUCGGACACCUGGAGUGUCUCCUAGUGCUGCUGGACCACAACGCUGCAAUCAACUGUAGACCCAAUGGGAAAACCCCUCUCCAUGUAGCUUGUGAAAUGGCCAAUGUGGACUGCGUUAAGAUCCUCUGUGAUCGUGGAGCAAAGCUCAAUUGCUACUCCUUAAGUGGGCACACAGCUUUGCACUUCUGUACAACUCCAAGCUCCAUUCUCUGUGCCAAGCAAUUGGUUUGGAGAGGGGCGAAUGUGAACAUGAAGACCAACAACCAAGAUGAGGAAACGCCGUUGCACACAGCCGCUCACUUCGGCCUCUCCGAGCUGGUGGCCUUCUACGUGCAGCACGGGGCCAUAGUGGACAGUGUCAAUGCCCACAUGGAGACCCCCUUGGCUACCGCAACCUACUGGGCCCUCCGCUUUAAAGAGCAGGAGUACAGCAGGGAGCACCACCUCGUCUGCCGCAUGUUGCUCGACUACAAAGCCGAGGUCAACACCCGGGAUGACGACUUUAAAUCUCCCCUCCACAAGGCAGCCUGGAACUGUGACCACGUGCUCAUGGACAUGAUGCUGGAAGCUGGCGCGGAAGCCAAUCUCAUGGACAUCAACGGUUGCGCUGCCAUCCAGUACGUGCUGAAGGUCACCUCUGUGCGCCCUGCCGCCCAGCCCGAGAUCUGCUACCAGCUACUGUUGAACCAUGGGGCUGCUCGAAUAUACCCUCCACAGUUCCAUAAGGUGAUACAAGCUUGCCAUUCUUGUCCCAGAGCAAUUGAAGUUGUAGUCAAUGCCUAUGAACACAUCAAGUGGAAUGUAAAGUGGAAAAGAGCCAUCCCCGAUGAUGACUUAGAGAGAUACUGGGAUUUCUACCACUCUCUCUUCAUGGUCUGCAGUAACUCUCCAAGGACUCUUAUGCAUUUAUCAAGAUGUGCCAUUCGAAGAACGUUGCACAGCAGAUGCCACAGAGCAAUUCCUUUGCUUUCCCUUCCAUUGUCAUUGAAAAAGUACUUGCUUUUAGAGCCAGAGGGAAUCAUUUAUUAAGCCUUA